CUUAAAAACAAAAAUACAGUAUAGCAAAUAGAGGUGACAAGCCAAAGACAACGGGAAACAUUUGCUGAUCGGGCAGGGUAAGUAGUGUGAAGUGAUGUAUUGCAUUCAUAAAAGGUCAUUUAGUAUGUUGCUAGCUUUUAUUAUGUUUUUUUUUUCGUAUAACCAGCAAAAUGUUUUUAAACACCUAUUGACUGGCACAGAGGAAAUAACUAAUUUUGUUUCACCGAGGACCUCGAUGUUUCCCGAGGCAGAGCAGAAGGAAAAAUAACUAUCUAGUUUCCCAAGGAACCAGUCUUAAAGUGACGUGUACCAUUUUAUGAAAGAAAAUCUUAAUACCAAGCGAUCAAUAUUCGCAUUAAACAUUGCACUUUUACUCUCUAACCUGAGAGACUUUGUAAUUUUGUCCGCGCGGAAACAUUUGGCGGGAAACAGCUAUCUUGUUAGAUGUAAUGUGAGCUCAAAGUGACCAAUAAGAGCCCUCGUAGUUUGGGAAAAUAAUUCCUGUUAGGAAGCAAGUUGUCUAAUGGCAGCUUCUAAUAAGAAUGUAGAUAUUAAGAAACAAACCACAAGUAUAACGAAGUGUUAACGUCUCUAUUGAUCAAUCUGUUUUAAAAAAAACUUUUUAAAGCUUCUUAUGUUGUUAAAUAUUACUUUUAAAAUUCACUUACAUCAUUUACUUGAUAGACCUGACCAGUUCCGGAUACAAUUGUCGAAGAAUAUUCAAGAAAAGACUAUAUCUAAAUAAACUAAUAGUCAGAGAUGGACUUUGCUAAAGCACCUUGGGGUUUUUUGAUGUCACGUAAGUUUUAAUACAUUGGAUGUUCUAAUUUUCAUGAUUUGGCCCAGAAAUCUCUUCAAGUGUAACGGGCAUGGUAAUUUCCAACAAAGUUCCAUAGAAUCCUACUGCCCGAGCCUUUUAGUUUCAUGUUAAAGAAAUGCAUGGUUCUUUUCUUUUUAUAGUGGUGACUGCUUAUUUACUUUUCUGUCUGGCCACAUUUCCGCUUCAGAUAGCCAUGAUAGUUAUGGGUAAGUUCAUCCAUUUCCAACUACGUGUAAAGAAUACCGGGAGGGGAACUCCACGUAUGAAAGUGGUGGGGAUGCUCAUCGUCUCGUUUAGGGGUAUAAAUUUCGGAUUUUGGUCUCACUUAGGGUGUUGUGGGCAAAACGCCAUCAUCUUUGGCCGUGAGGGUCUCGUUUAGGGUUGCACGCCAAAAAAUAUAAAAUAUAUAUGUCGGUGUUUUAACAUGGUCUCUUUUAGGGGUCAAAAAAAGCUUGGGCCACGCCCAGAUCGGUCUCCCUUAGGAGUUUAACUUAAAAUUUUCGACGAGCAACCCCACCCCUUUCAUAUGCGGAAUCCCCCCGGGGAAAGAAUAGUCCGUUAUCAUUGUUUGCUAUUGUCAUCGCCCACAAUCUAACAGAUAAACUCCUGUGAUGAUUACCGCACACCUUUCUUUCAGGUCCCACUUGUUAGAAAGGUGGAUAAUGUUAUUCACGGGAUAAAUUUCUAUCCCGUGGACAGCGCAAUUGGUUUUCCCAACACUUCUCCGCUGGAGCAUGAUAGAGAUUUAUCCGCGGAUAGCGCUAUCCAUAGUUUGAACACUGUUCCCGUUUAAACUGGGACCAGACGACCAUAUUCCAACACUGAGUUUAGUUACAGCAGCAGUUUAGUUAGAUUUUAUAUGAAUUAGGAUGAACAAGGUGUCAUUUGAACGAAUUCGUGUUGAGUUCAAGUGCAUCAAGGGAAGAAAGGAAGAAAAAUGCCACGCAACCGUUACCUUUUUUGUUUCUUUUCCAAGCGCCUCAGUAUGUGUCUCGUCUUAGGGAAAGUUAAACAUUUUGUAUCCGAAUGAAAGAUGAAAAGAAAUGUUCUUACAUUGAAGUUCAUACUUUGAUAAUACAGGAACAAAAUCCCUUUGAAAUUGGCCAAACGAUCGUGUUCUUUCCUUUUAGGUGCAAAAUACAAAGAUGAGUGCCCUGUGGAAGACAUGAUCCCAAUUUACUUAAUAGUGGCUGCAUCGGCUGGACUCUUCAAUACUUGCUGCUCAAGCGCAUUGAUAUACCAAAGUGGAGAUGACAAGCAGACCCUGAAUCCGCUCAGCGGUCUCAUCCAACUCUUCCAGUUUGCUUGGUUCAUUGCAGGAAAUGUGUGGAUUUAUAGUAUCUACGAGCCUAACUACACUGACCCCAGCAGCCCAUAUUUCUGCAACAAAACGCUGUAUCUAUUUGCAUUCUGGGUUACUAAUUCGUAUUAUAUCUUGUUUGGCGUCGUACUUGGAAUCGUGAAAUGUUGUACAUGUUGUACAUGUUGUGCAUGUACAUGUUGUAUGGGUUUGACGGUAAAAGCUUGUUGCCAGAGUCUGCCGUAAAAUACAAACGAAUAGAUCUUUCCAUGUUUUUAUUUUUUUUUUUUAACUUUAUGACAACUAGUAUUUAGCCAUAUGUACUAACUAGGGAAAAUCGUAUAUCUCUGACUGACCAAUCGAAAACAUUUUUUAUCCUAACCAUUCCCCCCAAAGUCAGCUUUGCAACGUGCUAGAAGUAAUUCUCAACCUCCAGCCUUGGUAUAUUGCUCAAUCUGCAUUUCGCCGAAACUUGCUGCAAAUGCAAUCCUCGAAACUUUGCAGUUGUCUGAAUGCCAUUUUUUUUCGGCAUUUCAACAAAGACUGACCAAAAACAGCCAUUUCAACCCCAGUAAAAAUAGUUAUCAUUGAUUUCAAAUUUCGUACUUCCGUUUUCUUGAUACGGAUUUUAAUUCGUUAGCUUAUAAAAGAACGCCUUAAAUUCAAUAACCACUGCAUGCUUGCAUAGAGCGGGCGCGUUUGUCAGUGCCAGGCAAUCCUACGUACAUGACUUUGUUUCGCGCAAAUGUGAAACUCACUGAAGCUUGUAGAUAUGAACCACUCAGUCAUUUUCCACAUUUUCAUAUCCUUUUAUC